AUGGAGGAGUGGAAUCAAUGGGCUACUCAUGGCGGUCUGCACCGUGGUUCAUCAUUACUUGCAUCACCAUCGCCCUAUUCACAAGUACAGUCACCUGCAGGGUACGAUUACGAACUCUGGCUGACUAUGAGAGCAGCGAACUUCCUAUACAGCUAUAUUGUUCCGAUUUUGCCGGUCAUGAUUAGGGACCGUCUUCAUAUCGAUGAUUCCCACGCACAAUAUACCACAUCCCUGGUCCUCUCGGUCCAUGCCUUCGUGGGACUUAUCACUGGUCUUCCGAUCGGUUAUAUUGCGGACAAAAUUCCAAGUCGACGGGCCUCCUUUUUGGCUGCUCUUACUGCAGAAGCCAUAGGAACCAUCCUGGUCAUGAUUGCAACCAACGUGCCUGUACUUCUCCUCGGACGAUCUAUACAAGCUAUUGGCGGUAAUGGAGCAUGGAUUGUUGGACUCGCAACCGUCUCCAACACAGUCGGACAAGACAACACAGGAAAAGUCGUCGGAGGGGUGUCCUCGUUCUUUAAUUCCGGGUUACUUCUUGGCCCCAUGCUUUCUGGUACACUUUUGCAGCUAUUUGGGUACUGGGUGACGUGGAUGGCCGCUAUUAUGGUACUGGUUAUUGAUAUCCUCAUGCGGCUAGUCAUGAUCGAGGACCGAAAGACGGACAAAGGAAAGCCCACUGAAACUUCGGAUGUCGAGUCUAGGACAGCGGAGAACGUGAAUGAACGAACUACUCUAAUUUCUCCGUCCCAGGAUGACUACCCUAAGAGUGCCGAUCUUGAAGAGAACUUUUAUAAGGUUAUCUUGACCAACCCUCGCGCAGCGACUAGCCUGCUUGGUAACUUCACUGUUGCUUUUGUCCUAGUCACCCUCGACACUACACUACCACUUUACGUGACUACCGAGUUUGGAUGGGGCCCUGCAGAGGUCAGUCUUAUGUUCUUGAUCCUCCAGCUACCCUCUUUGGUCUUUAGUACGCUUGUUGGUAUCUUGAAGGACAGAGUAGGCACCAGGAUCCCUACGGCUCUCGGGUUUGUCUCAAGUGCUGUUUUUCUCGCUCUGGCUGGAGCUUCCGAUCAUUGGAACGGGCAAACAGGGCAUGCGAUUUACACGGUGGCCAUUGCCGGGAUUGGCAUUGGAUGGACUUUGGCUGGUGGCUGUGGUAUCAUUGAAAUCACACAUGUUAUGAAGGAACUUGAGGACCAGCGUCCUGGUCGAUUUGGUCCCAAUAGUAAACUGUCGUCGGGAUAUUCCAUCUGCAGAAUCUGCUUCACUCUGGGCACGCUAUUGGGGCCUGUUGUAACUGGCUUCAUGACAAGAACUUUGGGAUAUGCCUACAUGAGUUACAGUGUUGGGAUCUUUUCUUUUGUCAUGGGCGUUCUUGUGGCAAUCUUCCUAGGAAAAAGACCAGCAUCCAGCGACAACCCUGAGAUUCAGUCAUCCACUGUGCAGGAUGAUUCAUAG